CAUGCUUUCCUGGAGAGCAGUGUAAUGUCUCUCAUGCUAGAGUGCAGAGAAGAGUGCUGCCUGCCGAUGGAGCCUGCCUCCAGGAUUUCAGCAAGCCCUCCUACUUCCUCCCGGCGCAGAGAGCUUUUCAACUCCUGUGAAGGAGCGAGAGCAGUUUGAAAGAGAGCAGGACAGCGCUGACAUGGACUUCUUCAAGACCGUCUUUCUGCUCUGUGCCUCUGGUCUUUUUCCAGAGGGGAUCAAGUCCUUUAAUAUUGACACCAAGCAGCCUCGCAUCAUCCAGGGAUCUCGAGAAUCUCAGUUUGGCUACACAGUGCAGCAGCAUGAAGCCGGCGGCCAGCAGUGGUUAUUGGUUGGGGCUCCCUAUGAAACCACUGGAUACCAGCGAACUGGAGAUAUCCACAGAUGUCCACUGAGUAACAAAGGCAACAACAGCUGCUCCAGACUUAACCUGGGGAGGAUAUCACUGACCAACGUAUCGGAGCGUAAGGACAAAAUGCGUCUAGGAAUGACCCUCACCAGCAACCCCAAAGACAAUAGCUUUGUGACCUGUGGCCCACUCUGGUCUCACGAAUGUGGCAGCUCCUACUACAGCACGGGCAUCUGCUCCAGAGUCAACGCCAGCUUCAAGUUCUCCAGAACUAUUGCUCCUGCAUUCCAGAGAUGUGAAACCUACAUGGACAUUGUGAUUGUUCUGGAUGGCUCCAACUCUAUUUACCCCUGGUAUGAAGUCCAAAAUUUUCUCAUCAACAUCUUGCAGAAGUUCUACAUUGGCCCUGGACAGAUACAGGUGGGUGUGGUACAGUACGGAGAAGAAGUUGUCCACGAGUUUAAUCUCAAUGACUACAAGACAGUGGAUGAGGUGGUGCAGGCAGCCAGACACAUUGAACAGAGGGGUGGAGCAGAAACCAGGACAGCAUUUGGCAUUGAGAUUGCCAGAUCAGAAGCUUUUAAACGUGGUGGGCGUAGAGGAUCCAAGAAGGUAAUGAUAGUGAUCACUGAUGGGGAGUCACAUGAUAGCCCUGACCUCCAGAAGGUCAUCGAGGACAGUGAAAAAGAUGACAUCACCCGCUACGCCAUUGCGGUCCUCGGCUACUAUAACAGAAGAGGCAUCAAUCCAGAGGCAUUUCUAAAGGAGAUUAAGUUCAUCGCUAGUGAUCCGGAUGAGAAGCACUUCUUCAAUGUGACAGAUGAAUCAGCGUUGAAGGACAUCGUGGACGCCCUGGGAGAGAGAAUAUUCAGCCUGGAAGGAACUAACAAGAAUGAGACCUCCUUUGGCUUAGAGAUGUCACAGGCUGGGUUUUCAUCACACGUUGUGGAGGAUGGGAUUCUGCUCGGAGCUGUCGGAGCAUACGACUGGAAUGGGGCCAUCCUGAAAGAAACCGGUCACGGAAAGGUUGUCCCUCCUAAAGUUUCCUACCGGCAUGAAUUUCCUGAAGAGUUGAAGAAUCAUGGAGCUUAUCUAGGUUACACAGUGACGUCUGUCGUCUCAGCGAGAGGGAGCAGGCUGUUUGUGGCAGGAGCCCCACGCUUCAACCAUACUGGCAAAGUGAUCAUCUUCACAUUGAGGAACAAUGGAAGCCUGACCAUUCUUCACUCUCUCAAAGGUUUCCAGAUUGGUUCAUAUUAUGGCAGUGAGAUUGGAGCAGUUGAUGUGGAUAAUGACGGAUUGACUGACGUGUUGCUCGUGGGUGCUCCCAUGUACCUAAGUCAAGGCUGGGAGAGGGGGAAAGUGUACAUCUACAGAGUGACCGAGCUUGCUCAGUUUGAAAUAGAUGGUGCUCUGGAAAUGGAAAACUCUCAGAACACAAGGUUUGGAUCAUCCAUAUCUCCCAUCCCUGACCUCAAUGCUGAUAGCUACAAUGAUGUAGUGAUUGGGGCACCGCUGGAAGAUGAGCACCGGGGAGCUAUUUAUCUAUUCCAUGGGCACAAGAAGGGGAUCCUUACUCCCUAUAAGCAGAGGAUAGGUGCUGCUGAGCUCUCACCCAUGCUCAUGUAUUUUGGACGAAGUGUCCAUGGGAAGCUGGACCUUAAUGAAGAUGGGUUGGUGGAUCUGGCUGUGGGUUCCUUGGGUGCUGCAGUUAUUCUUUGGUCUCGCAGCAUCGUCCACAUACAUACCAGCAUCCGCUUUGAACCGUCCAAGGUGAACAUGUUCAACAAAGACUGCAAGCGGAAUGGCAAAGAAGCCACCUGCAUGGCAGCAAUAGUUUGUUUUAAUGUGACAGCCAAGGCUCCACUCACCCAGGUGCAGGAAGUGGCUCUGAAAUAUAGUACCUCCAUAGAUGAGCGCAAAUUCAUGCCAAGAGCAAUCCUCGAUGACAUUAAUGAUAAGCUUUUCUACCGGAACAUCACUGUGCCGCCCAACAUGGAUACAUGUGAGCACGUCUACUUCCAUGUAUUGGACACAACAGACUACCUGCGGCCGAUUUUAUUUACAGUGGAAUUUGCAAUGCUGUUUCCUGAUGAUGGACCAGCGCUGGAUGAUGACUGGCCCACAACACUGAAAGCGUUGCUUCCGUUCUGGAAUGGGUGUGAUGGAGAGGAGCACUGCAUCCCUGACCUGGUCCUGCAGAGCAGAACGGAUAUCCUGGAUGGCAGGACAUACUGCCAUUCUGUCUUCCAAAACUGGGGAAACCCCUGCAGUCGUCAAGCUGUGUCACCUGAGUCAGAUCAUGUAAUUGAGAGCCCUAAACGAAAGAUAGCGGUGGAUAGCGUACUGGAGAACAGAGGAGAGAAUGCGUACAACACCCAGCUGGACAUCUCCUUCUCCAGAAACCUGCUCUUCACAGGCCUAACAAUUAAGGGAUACACAGAUAUCAAGAUUGAAUGCGUAUCUAACAUGAAUGUGAGCCUGAGUUUGAUCUGCAAUGUCAGCCAACCCUUUCUGAGGUCCCAAGCACAGGUUGCGUUCCGACUGGAAUUUGAGUUUAGCAGAACCAUCUUUCUGGACCAUGUGUACAUCAAUAUCUCAGCCAGCAGUGAUGGUGAAGAAGAUGUGUUGACCAUGGAUGACAAUUCUAACAUUAUCCUUUACCAACUUAAGUAUGAGACAGAUCUCCUGUUCACAAGGGAGUCAAGCCUUACCCACUAUGAGAUUAAAAUUAACCACACAGUGGAGAAGUACGACAGUAUCGGCCCCUCUUUCAACUACACUUUCCAGAUCCAGAAUCUGGCAUUUUUCCCUGUGGACAAUAUGCAGCUGAGCAUUGAGAUUCCAGAAGUAACAAAAAGUGGCAACCAGUUACUUCUCCUGGAGGGACACUCCAUUGGGCAGACAGAAGGUGGACUUUGCACAGCCCCUACCAGUGUGAAGAACAACCGUAUUCUGUCAGAGGACCUGUCCCACUACACACAACUGAAUUACAGCAACUCCGGCACAACCACGGUGAAAUGUUCACUGAGCCUUCAUCCCAAUGAGGAAUUAACCGUUCUCGUACGAGGAAUCUUAAGGAUAGAUACUCUGAAAUCGGUCAGAUUCAAAUCACUGGCACUUGUCACAACAGCAAGGCUCAUGCUGGAUGGAUCCAGUCCUUUCUUCCUUAGAGAUGAGCGUCUCACACGCAAUGUCAUUCUCCUAAUCACAAAAGAGGAAGACUAUAGAAUUCCCUUCUGGAUCAUACUGGGAAGUACACUGGGUGGUCUGCUACUGCUGGCUCUGCUGAUUCUUGCUUUGUGGAAGCUUGGCUUUUUCCAAAGUACUCGUCACAAGAAAAAAGAAGAGGAGGAAGCAGAGCCAAAUGGGAAAGUAGUGGAGGAAAGCUAACGGCCACCCUUUGGUCACUGACACCAUGCCUGUGAAGGAGAGCUGGUGCGGGACUGUUUACAAUAUUUAUUUUGCAGCCAUGACCAUGGCAGAACAGAUGUCAUCUCAAGAACAGGUGACUCCUGGCACUUUUGUGCAGUUCUGCUGCCACCUGGAGGACAAGUAUCACAACUGCAGGAGUCCAACGGACAUCUUUACUGCCCUCUGUUCCCUUUAUUUUUAAUCAAAGUAUCAGGACUUUUGCAACUUGAAAGUUGAGGAUGAAGAACUGCAAAGUGGCUGAUUUUUUCCAGAUAAUUACCUGACUAGUAAUGGAGAGUGAUGAAGCAUUAAAACUCAGAGAGCAAGGAGGUCGAAUGUCUUGAAACUGGGCAGUGUGGCUGUGCAGCCGCCCACAGAUGAUGGCUCAAUGUUUGAACUAGAUCACUGUAUAAAUGAAAGUUUACAAUUAACCAGUGUGCACAGGAAAACAGUACUGGUCACUACGUGGUCAGUAGCAGAAUGCAGCGUUGGAAAUAAACUAAUGUGCACUAAAUAAUUGCGUGCUUUGUUACCUGAUGCAGCAACACCAAACCGAGUAUGUGCACUUCUGAGACACGGGGCUGUAUAGCGGCCAAGCAAAGAACACACUCUGUGUCAGUAAGUAACACAACAGACACUUUGAAACAUGGGAGGGGUUUGUGGCGCUGUUGUGAUUGGAGAACAUUCCUGUCAGCCAAUCAUUGUCUUUGCACAGAUUUGUCGACCUCAGAUCCUUGAGGGCCACAGUGGCUGCAGGUCUUCAUUCCAGCCACAUUCUUCAUUAGUAAAGAGUUACUGCUGCUAAUUUAACAGAAUUCAUGUGCCAUAAUCACGACUGCCUGUUUUAUUAGAAAUUGAUCUUCUUCUUGUAAAUAGAUACAAAGUAAGCCGUCAGGUUUCCGGCUAACUCAGGGUUCUUAAAUAGUAUUUGACGAUCACCAUUUUCAUUCCAAUGAUUUCCUAUUUAGCUCUUAAAGAAACUCAUUAUUUAAUUCAAUGGCUUGUCAUUGUUCUCCUUAUGCCACUCCAGAAUUUUCCAAAACUGUGCCCAUAUUUAUCAAGCAUCUCAGAUUAGGAAAACAAUCUUAACUGGGUCAAAAAUCUCCGGGUCAUGCAAAUUAGGCCCUACUGUUAGAAGCAGAAGUAAAAGCGUUUUAUCAGUUUUUUAAUUUAGGAAACUACCUUUGACUUCACCUGGAUUUAGGGGGGGGGGUUGUGAGCUCUGCAAUAGCAAUGAUUUGGAUAUGUUACAACCAAGCAUUUUUUAAAAUAUUGCACCAAACUUUGAAUGCCUUUACAAUAUGUGAGGUUUAUAAGAUUCAUCUGCCACUGCAUGUGAGGUAACAUUAAAGUAAGCUGCAUUCAUGUACAUUGGUACGCCCAUAAAGAUCACUGCCACAAGUGUGGAUGAGCAUACGUAUGUGAAUCACAAGCAAUAUCACACUUAG